AUGCACUCCGAAGGCGCCCUCUCUUCCAACCCGAAUAGCACAACAGGUGUAGAAGCAGUGGGUUCGAUGCGCCAAGGUAUGGAUAUGCGCACCAACACAUCCUCCAGUUAUCCUUACGUGGCCCAGCGUUUGUCUCAUGCUGGCGAGCAAGUCUUUUUGCCGUCUAAUGUAGAGCGAUCGCAGACUGCUGACCAUGGGUUUAUGCGCCCCAUGUUCAGUGCCCCUUUUAUCGGUUCCGGCGCCGAACAUACUGCCGCAGCAAUGAGCCUACCGUUGCCCACGAUGGAUCGCAGUUUUUACAGCUCAGCGAUUGCGCAGCGCGAGCAAAACCGAAAAAUAGGCAUGUCUUCCCGUGUCUCCAGAGCAACUGUACAGGAAAGCAUUGCGCGCGCUGGAGGAGCUACGCAUGAUCUAGCACCGCAUUCGAGGUCAGCACAUACACAAUCUGGCCAGAAUUCGGUAGACACGCCGCAAGAAGUUCAAAUCUACACGACGGCCAUGGCAACUAGAGGUCCUAACCGUGGUCAGGUGGACGCGACGCAAGGUAAUACACAUGUCUGCGGCAACGCGUAUCCACCGCGAUCCCAAGCCGACGUCGAUGCAUACGCGGGAGAGCGCUCAGUAUCGGACGUAUCUACACUCUUUAUGGCUGGUUUUCCGGACGAUAUCACGGAUCGCGAGUUUGCCAACAUGUUUUUGUUCGCAAAAGGUUUCGAAGCUUCGAUGUUGAAGUACCCUUCAAAGGAGGGUCAAAGCGGCGCCAACCGCGAUGCGCAAGACGGAAACAGCGGCAGCGCUGGAGGGCGCAACAUGCAAACGAUUGGAUUUGCUAAGUUUUCUUCGCGCGAGGAAGCAUUGAAUGCUCGCGAUCUUUUAAAUGGGUUUUGUAUCGACCAGGACCGUGGUUUCAUUUUAAAAGCAGAGCUUGCCAAAAAGAAUUUGCACCAAAAGCGGAGUGCGCCCACGGCGUCUCGUAAGCGAAGCGUGCAUUCAAAUGCGCAUAUCGGUGGAUAUCCCAAGCAAAUGCAGCAGCGGCAAGACUCUAGCGACACUCCAGCUGAUCAGCAUUCGAUACAUCAUGGAUUGUCGCAAGCAUUAAAGAUUCCUCAAUUCAUCUCCACUUCAUUCAGCCCCCAAAACUCGACAGGGAUUUAUUCGCGUCAUAGAAUGGCUUAA